GGGGCCGGCACAGCCUGCUGCCCCUGCAUCCCUGCUCGUUGGCGUUUCCCUCGAUCCCUCCCCCCUGCCGCUGCCCUGCCCCAACACUGGCUGGCUGCCCACCAUCCUUCCUCUGCGGAGCUCGCGUGACUCCCCUCGCUCUCGCUUUCGCGCUGCGUCCGCGGCGGCAUCAUUGGGUGUCCGUGUCUGGACUGGAGACCGGGUCCGUCCUCCGUCGGAUAGAGAGGGGGGCGGGGCCUUCGUCUUUCUUGGCUGCUGGUUUCUCGACCACUGCCGCCGCGUCUUCCUCCCUCGCUGCUGCUGCUGCUGCUGCUGCUGCUGCGGCGGUAUUGCGCGUUGGAGCUGGCCACUGGUGUUCGCUCCUCUUCCCCCCGGCUUGUUUGCUGAAUUCAAUCUGCGGGGUUGCGGCCGCGGGUGUCGAUGGGGUGGUGGUGGUGGUGCCUGCCGGUCGCUGCUCUGCUCGCCGCGAUCCUGCCGUCGUCCGACGCCACGCUCUCCCCUGCCGGCAUCAACUACGAAGUGGUGGCCCUGAUGGCCAUCAAGACGGAGCUGGAGGACCCCUACAACGUGCUCGACAACUGGGACAUUAACUCCGUCGACCCCUGCAGCUGGAGGAUGGUCACCUGCUCCUCCGACGGCUACGUCUCCGCCUUAGGGCUGCCUAGCCAGACCUUGUCCGGGAAGCUAUCACCCGGCAUCGGCAACCUCACCAGGCUGCAAUCUGUGCUGUUGCAGAACAAUGGGAUUUCCGGCCCUAUUCCCGGUACGAUAGGAAGGCUGGGGAUGCUGAAGACUCUUGACAUGUCAGAUAACCAGCUCACGGGGACUAUCCCAAGUUCGCUUGGAAAGCUCAAGAACCUCAAUUAUUUGAAGUUGAACAAUAAUAGCUUGUCUGGAGUUCUGCCUGAUUCACUUGCCAGCAUUGAUGGUUUUGCUCUCGUAGAUCUUUCGUUUAACAAUCUCAGCGGUCCAUUACCCAAGAUUUCUGCAAGAACCUUUAUCAUAGCUGGAAAUCCAAUGAUUUGUGGUAAUAAUUCUGGAGAUAAGUGCUCUUCUGUGUCACUUGACCCACUCUCUUACCCACCAGAUGAUCUGAAAACUCAGCCACAACAAGGCAUUGGAAAGAGCCAUCAUAUUGCUACAAUAUGUGGAGUAACUGUUGGUUCAGUAGCUUUUAUCGCCUUUGUAGUCGGUAUACUUCUUUGGUGGCGUCAUAGGCGAAAUCAGCAGAUCUUUUUUGAUGUUAAUGAUCAAUAUGAUCCAGAAGUUUGUUUGGGCCAUCUGAAGCAGUAUGCUUUCAAGGAGCUCCGUGCAGCUACUAAUAAUUUUAACUCAAAGAACAUCUUAGGUGAAGGUGGAUAUGGCAUAGUAUACAAGGGUUAUUUACGUGAUGGCUCCGUUGUUGCUGUCAAAAGGCUCAAGGAUUAUAAUGCCGUCGGUGGGGAAAUUCAAUUCCAAACUGAAGUUGAAGUCAUAAGCUUGGCUGUUCAUCGGAAUCUCCUACGUCUUAUUGGAUUCUGCACUACAGAGAGUGAGAGGUUACUUGUUUAUCCAUACAUGCCAAAUGGAAGUGUUGCUUCUCAAUUGCGGGAACAUAUCAAUGCCAAGCCGGCUCUAGACUGGUCAAGGAGGAAGAGGGUAGCGCUAGGCACAGCGAGGGGUCUGCUCUACCUUCACGAGCAAUGCGACCCGAAGAUAAUCCACCGAGACGUGAAGGCCUCCAACGUACUCCUCGACGAGUACUUCGAAGCGAUCGUGGGAGACUUCGGACUGGCGAAGCUCCUGGACCACAGGGAGUCCCAUGUCACGACCGCGGUGCGCGGGACCGUCGGGCAUAUAGCGCCGGAGUACCUGUCGACCGGGCAGUCGUCGGAGAAGACCGACGUGUUUGGGUUCGGGGUUCUGCUAGUCGAGCUGGUCACCGGACAGAAGGCGCUGGAUUUCGGAAGAGUCGCGAACCAGAAGGGCGGAGUGCUGGACUGGGUCAAGAAGCUCCAUCAAGAGAAGCAGCUAGGCGUGAUGGUGGACAAGGACCUGGGCAGCAGCUACGACGGGGUCGAGCUGGAGGAAAUGGUCCAGCUGGCUCUGCUAUGCACGCAGUACCACCCGUCCCACCGGCCCAGAAUGUCCGAGGUGAUCAGGAUGCUGGAAGGCGAGCCCGGGCUCGCGGAGAGAUGGGAAGCGUCGCAGAGCAACGUGGACACGCCGAAGUCCGUCUCGUCGGAGCUCCUGCCUCCCAAGUACGUGGAUUUCGCCGCCGCGGACGAGUCCUCGCUUGGCCUGGAAGCCAUGGAGCUGUCCGGGCCAAGGUGACCGACCAUCUGGUUGCCAAGGUCGGUCAUCGCACAGGACAGGACGCAUAGGAAAACCUAUGGUUGUAUUGCAUUGGAGUCGGUUAGGUGUAGAGAGCCCCCCCGACACAAGGGAAGGCGUCAAAUUUUCUGGUGGGUUGUAAGGGUGUGAUCUUUCUGUAUAUAGCUGUGGUGGCAUUCAUCGUAGUAUUGUACAUACAGCAGCGCUGUGUGAGGUGAGUCCCAUCCUUGUUGCGGCGCAUCUACUUGGUGGCAAAGAGAUGAGAUGAAUGAGUAUAUAGAAAUUAAAGUUCUCAGUGCAGUGCGGUUGGUGCCUGUCUGAGUUUUU